AUGAUGUGUCAUUAACACACUCGAGAGUUGUCUUUUCAAAAUGUUAACAUCAUUUUCGGUUGGAAAUAUGUGAUAAAAAUUCGUUAAAAAUCUGUAUUGUAAUCUUGAAAAGCCAAGAAAAUGGGUAAAACACGUAAAAUUAGCAAUAAUCAUUUGAUCCAACCCAGACCGUAUGCGAAUCCGGGAUUGUGGGUAGGUUUUUUGUUACCCCUUUGCAUCUUGGUGAGUUUAAUAAAGCACUCAGUUGAAGCUUCUAAGUUGUACCAGCUCACCGCUUUAUUAACAUUGGGUAUUUUGUAUACAACAACGGUUUUCAUUAUACGAUAUUCUUCCACACAAUGUACCGUUAUACCUAAAAGGAGUUUAUUUUUACCUUUUAUUGUAAUAACAGCUCUUUAUCAUUUACAUUUCGAUAAGGGGCUAGCGUUUAGUUGUUUUGCUUCGUUAUUAUCAACAUUGGGUUUUUAUAAAUUAUACCUAUUUGUGUUAAGUGGAUUUCCUCAAUGUUUUACUUUGGGGGAAGCUUUGGCUUGCGCUCAAGGUUUUACCAUAUUUAUCUUUUCUUCCAUUGUGAAUAUUAUGGAAAGUUUUAAAAAACCACCAAAGACUACAUCACAAAUGAGUACAAUAACGCUUCAGGUUGGAUUAUUAACUGUAACCUCCUUUGUAUACAUGUUGUACAAACAUCCAAGUUUAAGAUCGCCUAAAUUGUUUUACCCUAGCCUUUUUCUUGCUCUCACUUUUCUUAUGGUCAUCCCACUACAGAUUUUAAUCUUAAAAAAUCCACUCGUAUGGAUUUUUGAAUUAUUUACAAGAGAUACCAUGCAGAUAAAAAUCUUUUUGUAUUGGUCUUUAUGCAUAUCAGCAGCCGUUUACACCUUAAUCAAACAAAUUAGUGGUGCUCAAAAAGCAUCAUCAGUCGUGAGAAAAACAUUCCACAUCUUAGCAGUUUUAAUUUAUGUACCGGGAUUAUUAGCGGAAUGUUCGAUUCUUUAUUUAGCAAGUGGGGUCGUUUUGGGACUUUUUAUAGGAAUCGAAACGACUCGUUUGAUAAGGUUACCUCAAGUGGUAACUUUCCUCGAAGAUGGUUUUUCCGUUUUUCGCGAUGAAAAAGACAUUGGAUCCGUCGCUUUAACACCAAUGUAUUUAUUAGCGGGGGUUUCAUUUCCGAUUUGGAUACAUCCUUCUCCAUGCGAUAUGACAAAUUCAGCUGGAUUUAAUUUAUUACCGCUUUUAAGUGGGAUUUUAUCAAUUGGUGUUGGAGAUUCGGCCGCUAGUUAUUUGGGUGCAUGGAUUGGUAAACAUAAAUGGAAAGGGUCAUUUAAAACGAUUGAAGGGACGAUGGGUUGUGUUUUAAGUCAAGUAUUAUUUAUCUACCUCUUAAUGCAUUUGGGUUAUGUUGAUAUGCAUUUAAAUACAUUGAUAAAAGUUGGAUUGGCGAUAACUGUAACGUCUGUUGUUGAGGCAAAAACGACUCAAGUUGAUAAUUUGGUUCUUCCCAUGGUGAUGUAUUUAAUGCUGGUUUAAAAAAUUUGACACAUAAUGGAUUUUUUGAUCCCGUUAAAAUGUAUUGACUGAUAAAUACCAAAAACAAGGACUUAUUUAUUUUUUAGGGUGGUUUUAACGUAUUUAUUGAGUACUUUAAUAAGUAAUUAAUUAAGGGAAUUUGAUAUGGAUCGAAUAAUUGAGUUGCGAAUCAAUUUAAUCAAAUUUAUUAAAUAAAUUAAUCUAUUUACAUUAAAAUUAAAAAUAUCAGGGUA